UUCUGUCGUCUCUGGAUCCCUAAAUAAUAAAUUUUAUUUACAGAAGAAAAAUGUCUGUGUGUUCUCAUGAGAGCAGAAUAAUACCGUAUGCAGUAAACGAUGAUGGGGAUCUGUAUAUGGAGUGUGGGGGUCGAAUCCAUGCAGCCUACCCCUAUACUCAAUCAACUCCUCUGCUCCCUAUCUCAGCUCCUAGAAUCCAACCUGAUCCUAUGAAAGAAGAAUGGAGACGUGAUCGUAUCGAUCCGUCCAGACGAGAGACUGAUAACUACUAUUUUAAUAACGAUCAUUAUUUGGCGGAGAAAUUGCGACGCGUAAAAAGAAGCGCUGAAAACAGGAACGUCUUGUAUAUUGAGAAAAGACGAUCUCGGAGACAGAAGAAAGAAUUCUCGUUUAAAGAGUUUAAGGAAAGAAAUAAUCUGUUUCCUGUUGAGCACUACGGGAAAGAGAACUUCUUUAAUGGUUCUUGCGUUAGGGUGACCGAAAGUCAGAUUUACUAUACAGGGAAUGAUGGAAUUUUGAACACUGGAGACUUAAGAUCAAACUCACAUGAAGAUGUCAACCCUGAGAGCAGAAAUCCUCCAAUUUUAACGGAACAAUUCUCCGCAACUGACGACAGAUUAAACUUUUCCCGGAUUUAUAGUUUAAACCUCCUGGAUAGAGGGGACGGUAGUUGCAUCACUUGUGCACGAUACAAGAAUGGUUUUGCAUAUUUUCUAAGAAACCAAGAUUCUCUGGAACAUUCAACAAGUGUUCCGUGUGGUGUGGGUGGGAUUGGUCAGUGCUUCCUUGGCACUACUCAGUCCUGUAUGCUAGAUAUCAAUUCAAACCUUUCAAUCCUAGAUUUAGAAUCCAACAAAAUAAACCGAAGGAUGUAUAUAGAUAGCGGAGUUAAACCCUACUCGUGGGGAGUUCUAGCUCAGGGUCCUGGGAACAACAAGCUCAGUAUUGGAGGCAGAAAAUCCUUCGGCAUUCUUGAUAUUAGAUCCGGAAGUGUUGAGCUAUUAAGGGAACUAGAUGAAAAAAUAUAUCUACGAGGACUAGAGUUCCACUCCAACCAUCUCUACUCCUGCUCUGAUGAGAGUGUGGGAGUAUGGGAUUUAAGAAAUCUCCGGCAGAACCUGGAGUACCCCCUGGAGUUCCAAUCCUGCAGUUUAGUUCAAGGAAUCCGGGUUCAGAAACAUCAGAACAGAUCAUGGGUCCUUGCUUCAACUAAUACUGGAGAUAUUAGUUUGGCAGUGCUGGAUUUUACUCAUGACACUUGUGAAAAUGUGUCGGCUGUCGACUCCAAAGUUAGAAUACAAUGUACUAGAUCCAAAGUUCCAGAUUUAUGUGGUCGACCUAAGGUUCUCAAGGGUUGGAGGGAUACAGUGAUAGAUGCACGUCUUGGAGCUGGAGUAUGGUUGGAAAGUUCUGUCGAGAAAAGGGCUGGGAUUGACUUCCGAGGAUUGGAUAUCCAGAGUAUACUUGGAGAACCCUGGGUCAGGUUGAUCUCCGUCAAUGCUGUAGGUGACCUGUUCUCUUCCACACUUAACCUCGAGGAUACAGAGGAUGAACUAGGCGAAAGAGGUGAAAAUGGAGAAGAAUGUAACUAUGGAGAAUAUCUAGAGAACUGGGGUAAACAAGUAUUUAAAUCUUCCAAAUUAAAGAUGAACUAUGCAAGGAAGAUCUACUACGGAAAAAAGAUAGAAGAAGAAAUGGAAGAAAAGAAAAAAGGGGGAAAAUCAAAGAAAUCAAAGAAAACAGAAGACGCCAACAGAAAUUUGAGCAGGGACUCGGCUCAAUAUUGUAUGAGACCUGUUCAACGAAAAUCCAAGACGACCUAUGGAAGCUUGAACGUUUGUCCAAACUACACAGGACCUAAGAUCAGAGCUAGUUUACCAAGUCUACGGAGCAAGAUUGACUACACUUCCUUUGAGGACGGGAUCAGUAGUAACAUUAUAAACAUCAUGAUGCCGCAUGGAUUGAAGAUAAACCAGGACAAAGGAGAAUAUCUCGACGAAGAGAACGAAUGUGAAGACGACCCUCCGAUGGAAGAGGAUCCGAACUAUGCGCUCAAAUCGUAUCUCGCUGAACUCGGAGUCUCUGAGGAUAAUGAAAAUAUUCUCAACUUUUCACGGUUUUAGGAUGUUUUUCAAUUCAUCUCUUGAAUCAUCGUUGGGCCAAUAUUCAUAAAGAGAUUAGUGAUCUGUUACGUUAAAAAAUAAAAAAAAAUUCUAAAUCUAA